AUGGUCAGAAAGGCAACGAUUGUAAACCUCACAACGUUUUUGAGAGGACUCCACGUUCAAGUGCCAAAUUGUGCAUCACAGUUGCGCGACAGGAUUACUCACUUCGAAAGGAAUCAUGAAGUUUUAAGAAAAUCACGAUCACAGCUCAAGAGAAUCGAGGAAAGGCGGCGGCUAGAUCUGAAAAACCUGAAUAAAACACCUUAUUCACAACAACAUGCUAGGCACGUCUUGAAACGCAAGUAUGAGGUACCAAGCGAAGACUUAGACUCUACAAAGCUUGGACCAACCAGCGAAUCUGACUUACGAUUUUUGAAGCUCACGCACGACAAAAGGCUACUUUAUACCAUCUUAGGUGUUACUGGAGAACAGUUAAGAGACUCAAAAUUAAUUGCAGCAGAUGUUUCUAAGUUUUUGUCUCGAAACCAGCUGGAAAAGGCCGUUUUUUUAGCUAGAUUAGCCAAAAGCCGAGGUGUUGUGGGGAUGAAUAAGGUUAUAGAGCAUUUCUGCCAGGUGAAACAGGAUGCUGGAUCUGCCAUUGAUAUGUAUAACUGGAGAAAAAAAUGGGAUAUUCCGCCCAAUGAGUUCACGCACACAAUACUCUUCGAUGGACUGGCCAACGUAAAGCAGCCUUUAAGCGAGAAACAGUCGCAAAGGGUGUUGAAGAUUGCGAAGCUACUACUAGAGCGCGAGGAAAUGAAUAUUGCUGGGUUCAACGCUUCCUUAAGCGCUCUGGCUAACAGCGUGAACGUUGAAUACGCUUUUGAGUUGUUCGAUGCUAGGAAGAAACAAAUUUCUCCAGACGCUAUUACAUACACAAUUUUGCUCCGAGCCCUUUCUUUAACUCAAGAUGAUAAGCUUUGCAUGGCAAGGUUGGACGCUGUAAUGGCAAGUGUACCGAGAAAAUUCCUAGAUGGAAGGGUAGUGUAUGAAUAUUGUCAUGUCCUGCAUAACCGAAAGGAUAGCAUGCUUUCUAAAAUGGCAAUUAAGGCUCUCGCAAAUUUCUUUGACAUCAAUAUACCACUUGAAAAGAUAAGCUUUCCAGCAGGAGUUAAUUUGCCCUCUCUGCAAUUUUGGGACGUUAAGCAGAGAUUCGAUUCAAACAAGUUCGUUGCGGAUCUAUUCUUUCAAAACUGUGAAAGGAAUAAGCUCUACGAAUUAGCAUGGGAGACUUACAAGGCAUGGAAUUCGGAAAACCCACGCCUUCUGGAGCUCCCGGUUCACGAGAGGAUGAUAAGAAUUGUCACGGCGGCUUUUCCAACCAAGUGCGCAGAAAUGGCAACGGAAGUAUUCAAAAAUGUGAACCUGCGUCAUCGCUCGGGCAAAAAUGGGAUGCUCUUGGUGUACAGGGCAUUUGAGAGACAAGCAGGCAAAAAGUUCAUUAAUGACAGUGAAUCCAACGUUGAUAAGCUAUUAACGCAGUUAUUUGACUUUUCAAUAGAACUCGAAGGAAAGCAUUGGAAAGAACUUGGAACGCGCGUUUUAAAUUGGAAAGCUUGGAUGUUUUGUUGGAACGUAGUCAAUAAGGCCAACGAAAGACGCAAAAUAAGCAACGAAAGGGCUAAGUGGAUUCUUGACCAGUAUCUGAGAACGAUAUUGACAGGGCAAACAAAUAGAGCAGGAAUACAGCAUGAAGACCAUGCGGGUCUAAGGCAUGUGGGCCUCGAAAGUGUCAGGUUCCUAAGCUCUUUCGCAGACCAUUUUAAGAUCAAAGGGGAGUCGGAACUGAACGACUUCGUCAGCGAGCACGAUCGCCAAUUCUUCCUCUACAGAAGGCUCUUGCUGAGAUUCAAGGAUAGGAUUCUGGAACAGGUCAAGAUCCUGGAGGGCAGGCCGGGCAGUGCUGAAAGCGUGGAAGAGUCCAUCAAACAGACGGCGGAAAAGCUACUGGCGACCAAGCUUCCAGACCAGGCUUAA